AUACAUUUUCAGUUUGGUUUGUCAUUUCUCCAUGAAUCUUCAAUGGGUAACAUGAUCAAGUUUGUGGUUCUAGCUUUUUUUGUUGUGACUUGUCGAUGUAAAAAGUUACAUGAUGACAUGACAGACGAGGAGAUCCAGUCGGUGUUUCACGUUCCACGAAAUAAAGUUCCAGAUUACGAGGUCGUGCCAAUUCGAUCUUCCUUCAGGAAUAAAAACUGUGGUGGCGGCAGGAUAACGAUGGAGAUGAGUGAUGAGUCCAUCGAUCUAUCCCUGGACCCGACGGAGGAUUUACUGAUCGGUGAAAAUACACCGAUUUAUUUAUCCAAGCCGAAUAAAAAAUUUGAUUCCGGCGUGGAGUACAUCCCGGUGAAAAAUGGUUUAAGAAACAUAACGAUCUACCAGUGUCCGUCAAAUCGCGUGGCUCUUGUUGUGGAGCGACGACGGAGAGGGUUCAGCAUGUUUGGAGUGAUAAAUGAUCGAUUGAUUCGACCGAUCCCCUCGAGAUUGACAGCAGCACCAGCUGGACUUCUUGGCAUUCUCUUUGGAAAUCCACGAAAUCAAAUUUUAAGAUUUGGUAGUAGCUACGGUAAUGAUUCCAUUGAAGAGACCCAUCACAUCGUAAUGAGGGCUGCACCUCGGCCAACUAAGAUCGAUCACGUUCAUUUCGGACACAGGAGACUACGAAAAUCUCGGGGGAUUUCCCAGCUCUCUUUACCCCCGGUGAUAUUUCCUGAGAUAUUGGUGGUGAUGGAUAACGAUUUAUUCAAGACUCAGAAGGAAGACGUGAACACCGCGAUUUUAUAUCUUCUAUCGUUUUGGAAUGCCGUGGAUUUGCGAUACAGAUCGAUGAAGAAACCGGAAAUUCGAUUGAAGAUUGCGGCGCUCGUCAUUUCCGUGGAGGAAGGCGGUGCCCCAUAUAUUGAUAACCACAAACUAAAGACAACUAAUGAAGGACUGACCCAAGUGGAUGCAGACAAGGCCCUCAUGGGAAUGGGCAAGUACUUCUACCUCGACGAAAAUCUUCCAGAUUACGACGCUGCGAUAGCUAUGACACGAACAGAUAUCUGCAAUAUGCUGGACUCACCGUUCGUGAAAAAUAUCUGCGACGGCACGACUCUCGGAUAUGCGUAUGUGGAAGGAGUUUGCAAGGAAAAUACUGCCGACAAAAAUACAGAAGCUGUUGGAGUCGUUGAGGAUAACGGAGGAUUCAGUGGAAUCAUACCUGCAGCACACGAAUUAGCGCACCUUCUUGGAGUGCAGCAUGAUAAAGGAGAAUGUGCUGAUGGUGGGUACAUCAUGUCCACCCAGCUCCAUCAUUCUGAGAAGAGUUUCCAGUGGUCUAAUUGCAGUAAAAAAGCUUUUCGGAAAUUUUUCAGCACUGCGCAGGCAUCGUGUCUAUUGAAUAAACCCUCGGCAAUCAAGAAGAACAAAUCAGGAAGAGUUCUCCCUGGAAAAAUUCAGUCUCUUGAUGAACAAUGUGAAAAAGUUUUUGGGGUGGGAGUCACCAAGGCCUGUCAGCACAAAAACACGUGCAUUCUAUUGCAAUGCCAAGUGCCUGGGAAGCCAUUUUGUCGAGGGUUCGCGGCGCCGGCCGAAGGAUCCACAUGCGGACCACAAAAGCAUUGCAUAAGCGGCCAUUGCGUGCCUCUCCAGAUUUAACGCCGAGUAUAAAUACACCAGAGUUCAUUUAACGAUAAACAUUACAAGUAAACAUCAAAGUUGUAUUCGUAAAUACAUCAUUCAAUAACUCAGCA